UUGACAGCGAACAAAAAUUCGGUAGCCAACGCCCUUGAUGGACCUCUUAACAGUUUCACGGAUGCCCUCCUUGGUUCCGUCAAUGCAACCGGGAAUGAGGCCUUCGCCAAUCUGACCCAAAGCCUCCUGCCCUGUGGCGAGCUGCACUACGCUGUCAAGUCAGUGAUGUUCAUGAGUUGCGGACCCUCGGGCCUGGCUCCCCGCAUCUUUGCCUGGGGUCUUUUCCUCUCCCUCUGCCUCUUCUUCACCUUCUUCAGCCUUCUGAGUUUGUGUCUGUUAUGGCGCGUGCAAAACCACCAGUUGAAGCGAUUCGGUGGCUCUGAAUACUCAGAUGAGGACGACUAUGAGUCAGAUUAG